AUGGUCCGCGUCUUCCACAGCGGCGGCAGGUACCUGGUGUGGCAGCCGCAGGACAUCUACGACCUCCGUGCGAACCACCGCAUCGUCGGCGCGCUGAUUGGAGCGCCCAACCAGUGCUGCAAGGGCGUCGCCGCAGAGCCCAGCCCGCCGCUCGCGCUCUCGCCGGAGGAGGUCGUGCUGCUCGCGGAGCUUGGCGCCGUCUCCGUGCUCGAGUGCAACGGCUCCGCGCCGCCUGCCGAGGACGUCCCAACCUUUGGCGCGGCCGCCGCCGCGGCAGCCGGCGGCAGCAGCGGCGGCGGCGACGGCGGCGGCGACACGAGCGGCGGCGCCGAAGCGGGCGGCGGAGGACUCGUCCUGCCAAAGACGGGCUUCGUGUCGAUAGCGCGCGAGUGCUCCGACUGGCGCGAGGCUUCUCUGCCGCCGCUGACGGCCGAGGCGCUGCGGGAGCGGCACGCCGAGCGGCGGCCGCAGGUGCGCGUCUUCCGCGCGCUGUGGGACGCGGGCUGCUACCUGUCGUGCGGGCUCAAGUUUGGGGGCGACUUCCUCGCCUACACCGACGACCCGAUGCGCUGCCACGCCGCCGCCGUCGUCACCGUGCUGCCCGCCCCGCCGCCGGCCGGGCGGGACGCGUCCGCGACACGUCCGCCGGCGAGUCCCCUGCGCGCGGUGCAGCUCGGCUGCCUCAGCCGGAUGGCGGCGGGCGCGCGCAAGCUGGCGCUACUCGCCUUCGUCCCGAGCGGCGCCGACGGCCGGGUGGACUUCCGCGCCAUCGACGGCGCGCACAGGGUGGUGCCGUUCGAGGCGGCCGCGCUCGCGGGGUGGGACUUUGGAGAGUGGAGGGACGAGGCGAGGGGGGCGGGGGCGGGCGCCAAGCGGAAGCGGAGAGGCAGCACCGGCGUGGAUCUGCACCUGAAGGUGAGGUGA